UACUGUGGUAUUGUUCAAAUUUGUUUGGAAGGAAAAUGCUCCAGUGCAUCUAAUGAUGCUACCAGCCCUUACAUGCUUUGUCCUUUGUGAAGGCGUUUGUAAGCUUCCGGAGCUUGACGUACUCUCUGCACACGGCACGGGUACCAGUGCGGAGCGCAUAAAAUCAACUUGUGGCGCUUUCUUUUGACAGCUUGUGUGUUUCAGAAGAUGAGAGAGGAGGGGUGGGUAAAUUCCUUGGCAGUGGUGUGUCUUGUCCUGUGCUGGGCACACACCCAUGGGGAAGCAAGUACUGACUGCAGCCCCGUGGGAGAGUCCACAGGACUGGCUGUAGACCUGCACACGGCCAGGGAGGCUCAGAAGCGCCACCUGGAGGUGCUGUUCACCAAAUACGGGGAGAAUGGCACCAUAUCCCUUGAGGGACUGAAGAGACUGCUUGAAAGUGUGGGGCUGGACCGCAUCCGGAAGGUGAUGGUGCAGCACCAGGAGGAGGCUGGCCACCCAGGGGAAGGCCACGUGGAUGGAGGCACUCACCACCACACCCACCAGCACCACCACCACACCCACCAGCAGGGCCAUCCCCACUGGCAAGACCUUCCUGCCACUAAGAAAGCUGCUGAAGCCCCAAAGGUUCAGAGAAGUGAAGGGGCCCCUGCGAAAAAAAUUGAGGACUCAGAUGCCCACCACAACCUCUAUGAUAAGCGGGUGCCCCAGGAGAUCAGCACUACCCCAGUGUACACCACCAAUGUCCUGCUUAAGUCUCAGGAAUUCCGUAGCCGGCGGAGUGCUGACGUAGACCUGUCCCCAGACAGUGCUUCCCAAGGUGCCAACUCCACUCACACUGAUGUCCUGGGCACCACCACCAAGCUCAUUGACAACCUGCUUGUUACCGAGGAACAAACCCUGGCCCCUGACUCCCAACACCUUGAUGACCAAGAUCAUGUGGGCAACCACACUCCUGACCAUGACCAUGAUCACAAUGACGAUCACAGCCACGAUCCAGACUCAGGUCAUGAGCAUAUCCCUGAUCCCAGUCAUGAUCAAGACAGUGACCAAGGUCAAGAUCCUGAUCACAGUCAUGACCAUGGUCAUUAUGACCAUAACCAAGAACAAGGUUCCAGUCGCAUUUAUGACACGGGUCAUGGCCAUGAUGACCACGACCACAGCCAUGGUCACACUGAUCACAAAGAAGAGUGUUUAAAUGCCUCAAGCAUCUUGUCUGCACACGGAAUGACAAAGGAAAUGGUCCUCUCUCUCAGUGACUUCAGCUAUCUGUGCCCAGCUCUUCUCAAUCAGAUUGACACCACAUCCUGCAUCCUACAUCUUGAGGAUCGCCUCCAAAACGACCAAGAUCACCAUCAUCAUGGUCACAGUCAUCAUGACCAUGACCAUGACCACCAGCUUAAUGACAACAACCAGAAAGUCUCUUCAAUCGAAGCAGCGUGGAUCGGGGGCUUUGUCUCCAUCACCAUCAUCAGCCUGCUGUCCCUGUUGGGUGUCAUCCUGAUCCCGCUGAUGAAUCGAGUCUUCUUCAAGUUUCUGCUCAGCUUCCUUGUGGCCCUGGCGGUGGGAACCCUCAGUGGAGAUGCCUUCCUGCACCUCAUUCCACACUCCCAGGGGGGUCAUCAUCACCACCACUCAGCCAAUGUGAGCGAGGAACACCAUAACCAUGGUGAUGAGGAAGAUAACCUGGAUCCGGUGUGGAAAGGUUUAACAGCUCUAAGCGGUGUCUACUUCAUGUUCCUGAUUGAGCACUUCCUUACCCUGGGCAAGAUGUUCAAGGACAAGAAACAGAAGAAUCAGAAGAAAUUGGGUCAAGGUGAAGAUGGUGUGGACGCUGACAAGCAGCCCACGACAGAGGAAAAUGACAAUCUGAAACCAGCUGAAGACGUUGAGACAAACGGGGCGGGAGUCUUCAAGGAGCAAUCAACCUUCGCGUCAGAGCUGGCCGGGCAAGGCCCGGCGGAGGAGGAGGAGGUGAUGCUGGCGCCCGCUGCGGCCUCGGCCAGCUACGACGCGUACACAGCCCAGGACUGCGAGAACAAGUGCCACUCCCACUUCCACGACACGGUGGGCCAGCCGGAUGACCUCCAUCACCACCACCACGACUACCACCACAUCCUGCACCACCACCACUCCCAGAACCACCACCCCCACAGCCACUCCCACUCCUACUCCCAGCAGCACUUCCAGGAGGCGGGUGUGGCCACACUGGCCUGGAUGGUCAUCAUGGGCGACGGGCUGCACAACUUCAGCGAUGGGCUGGCCAUUGGUGCAGCUUUCACAGAAGGGCUGUCCAGCGGACUUAGCACUUCAGUGGCUGUGUUCUGUCACGAGCUGCCCCACGAGCUGGGGGACUUUGCCGUUCUGCUGAAGGCGGGUAUGACUGUGAAACAGGCCAUCCUCUACAACGUGCUGUCGGCCUUGAUGGCGUACCUGGGCAUGAUCACGGGCAUCCUCAUCGGGCACUAUGCUGAGAACAUCGCCAUGUGGAUAUUCGCCCUCACUGCCGGGCUCUUCAUGUAUGUGGCCCUGGUGGACAUGGUGCCCGAGAUGUUACACAACGACGCUGGAGACCAGGGCUUCAGCCACUGCGGCUACUUCCUGCUCCAGAACGCCGGCAUCCUCAUGGGCUUCGGCAUCAUGCUGCUCAUCGCCAUCUUCGAGCACAAGAUCCACCUGGACUUCAGCCUCUAACGAGCAUCUCUUUGUCCUGCUCCCCAUCCCCUCCGUGUUUUUAUUUUUUCUAGACAUUUUUCGGCAGCGAUCCUUGUCAUUUGUGCCGAUAGUGUUUGUUUUGGAAUGUAGCUUAACGUAAAUGCCUGUUGUAAGGAUUGCCUGUUGCAGACCAACCCUUUGCUAUUAAAUAAGGAACAGAAUUCCUUCAUAUUUUAGUUGCACUCUUAAUUUAUGAAAAGACUGAAGCUGUGGAAAUCCCAAUUCAUGUUACAUGAAAAAUGAAAUGCAUAUGUAGUUUUCUAUCUGUGCUCAUCAGAUGAGAAUUAGUGUAUUGUCUGUUACAAGUAACUACAGUAUUGUGAUAUGAGUUUCCAGUUAAUACAAUGUGAUAUCCUAGCUUUAUUUAUUCCACUAGCUGUUUUUGUAAACCUAUAAUAAACACCAAACCAAGGUCAACUCCCCAGCAGUCCACAGAAAAAUCACAGUGGUUACUUGUGUAUAUGCCGUAUUUAAAAUGGUGUAAUUAUGGCUGACUGAAUAUGAAGUGUGACCAAAGUACUGGCUAACCCAGGCUGUGGGCUGACGGCCGUCCUGUUGAAGGGCUGCAUGUGAUUUUGAGGACCAAGCUGCAAAUUUAGGCAGCUGGAAAUGAAGGCCACUCCUUUCUUUGUUUACCAUCUCCAUGUAAUGUGCAAUCCAUAACAAAAGCACUUUGCUAACAUGAAGUUGAUUUACACAGGUGCCCAUCUCUGUAGACGCUCAGACCUGAAAGGCCAUGUGGCACAAGGGCGAGGCAGUGGAAUGGUGCCACUUCAGUUUGCAUGUGUUAUCACAAGCUGCUGUUUUUCUUAGCGUGGCUCCAAAGGCUUUGCCAGGGCGCCAUAUGGCUGGAUUUUGAAGUAUGCCAAGCAAGCCAUUCCAUUAUGUGUGUUUGUAAUGUUAGUCUAACCCCCAUUCAUAAUGCUAACGUCUGUGUCCCGCCAAUGUCUUUUCAUGAUGUGCCGAAUAACACAAAUGCCUUGGCAGAAAGUCUAUGUUCUGUUUGUUUUUAUUGCACAGAGUUUGUUAUAGAGCUAAAUGUUUUGUUUUUUGUAUUGUUUUUUUCAGGCAGCUUUAGAUAUACCUAUGUGUUCCCACAUUCCAGAAAAAUAAAGUACAUUUAGCCUCUGCA